GCGGGAGCGCGUGCGGGGGGCGGCGGGGGCCGAGCCGGAGCCGGGCAGGAAGAAUGACUCUGGAGUCCAUCAUGGCGUGCUGCCUGAGCGAGGAGGCCAAGGAAGCCCGGCGCAUCAACGACGAAAUCGAGCGGCAGCUGCGCCGUGACAAGCGGGACGCGCGCCGGGAGCUGAAGCUGCUGCUGCUGGGCACAGGAGAGAGUGGCAAAAGCACGUUUAUCAAGCAGAUGAGAAUCAUUCAUGGAUCAGGUUACUCUGAUGAAGACAAAAGGGGCUUUACAAAACUGGUGUACCAGAAUAUUUUUACAGCAAUGCAGGCCAUGAUCAGAGCCAUGGAUACCCUCAAAAUCCCAUACAAGUAUGAACAUAAUAAGGCUCACGCACAGUUGGUUCGAGAAGUCGAUGUGGAGAAGGUGUCAACUUUUGAGAACCCAUACGUAGAUGCAAUAAGAAGCUUAUGGAAUGACCCGGGAAUUCAGGAGUGUUACGAUAGACGACGGGAGUAUCAGUUAUCAGAUUCAACUAAAUAUUACCUUAACGACUUGGACCGCAUAGCAGAUUCCACCUAUCUGCCAACUCAACAAGAUGUGCUCAGAGUUCGAGUCCCAACAACAGGGAUCAUUGAAUAUCCAUUUGACUUACAAAGUGUCAUUUUCAGAAUGGUGGAUGUAGGAGGCCAACGAUCAGAAAGAAGAAAAUGGAUACAUUGCUUUGAAAAUGUGACUUCUAUCAUGUUCCUAGUAGCUCUUAGUGAAUAUGAUCAAGUGCUUGUGGAGUCAGACAAUGAGAAUCGAAUGGAAGAAAGCAAAGCACUCUUUCGGACAAUUAUUACAUAUCCAUGGUUCCAGAACUCUUCAGUCAUUCUGUUCUUAAAUAAAAAAGAUCUUUUGGAGGAGAAAAUUAUGUACUCGCAUCUAGUUGAUUAUUUUCCAGAGUAUGAUGGACCACAACGGGAUGCACAAGCGGCACGAGAGUUCAUCCUGAAGAUGUUUGUAGACCUGAAUCCAGACAGUGACAAAAUUAUCUAUUCCCACUUCACAUGCGCUACAGACACAGAGAAUAUCCGUUUCGUCUUUGCUGCUGUCAAGGACACAAUCCUACAGUUAAACCUGAAGGAAUACAACCUGGUCUAACUGUGCCUAGGAGGCCCUCCAAAACCAACUUUACGUGAUUGGAGAUAUACGAGAGGGACUGUAUUAUCUGUGAAAACAAUUUGCAUAAUACUAAUUUAUUGCCGGCCUGGACUCUGUGAAUGUCCACAGAGUUUGUAGUUAAUAUUAUCAUUUUAUUUAAACUGUAUGGAGGAAAACCAAAAGAUGCUGAAGCACAGUCACGGCACAUUUCCUCAUUUUUUUAGGCAAAACCUUGUGACUCAAUGUGUUUUAAAUUCUCAGUCGUACAUUUGCAAAGGAUAGCAGUUUUUUGCUAUUGAAGCAAAGUCAAACUGUUUUCCUCUUUCCCUGACCUUUUCUCUUUCCCUUCAUCCUCUCUUCCCUUAUCUUUUACAAGGAACAAUGGCCUUUUUUUCCCCAGUUGCAUUCCUGGGUUAAUUAUUUUCACUGCAGUUAUUUAGUCAGGCAAAUACUAUCACCAGAAUUUAAGUCAUCAGUCAUUCUAAUUUUUCAGUAUGUACUUUCUCCGAAGGAUCAGAAGUAUCAAUACUGUGAUUUUUAAAUACUUGGGUGUCUUCAUUCUGUCUUUGCUUUGGAACUAGAAUAUUGGGAUUGCAAAAUAGAAUUACAGUUGUCUAAAGGUAUUAAUAUUUAACCAUAUUUUCACAGUUUUAAAGGGUGUACAGGAGACAGUAAUGAAAUAAUUAAGACACAAACUGGGAUGUACAUGGAAUAUGUUAGAAUCUCUUUUUAAUUGCCAUGUGCCAUUUUUUUUCUUUCUUUGUUUGUUCACAAAUGCCAAAUAGAAAUGUCAUAGACACUACAUUUUCCCGAGUGGCUACAGCCUGAAACAGUGUGGGUUUUUUCAGUUAUGUGGGGUUUUUUUCUUAAGAUAGAGCUUUUUUAAAUGUUCUUUUUCCACAGUAGAAAAUUAUUUUUAUUGUAUAAAUUAAUGUUGCCAAAUCUGGCUUUUUACAAAACCAAUGCUCUUGAAACAUAAGAUACUGAUUGAAAUGCCAAACUGGUGGGUUGGGAACUGACCUGAUAGAGUCAACUGCCAAAUGAUGAACACUGUUUCAGCUCACAUGUUCCCUUUUUUCAGAAAGUGUUCGAAUUUCUGUUGCCAAAACCAACAGUCUUGAGUGAAUAGGCUACGAGGUGCACCACGCACACGCAUGUGGUCUACUAAUUUAAAGACAGUUUAAUCUCUCCUUAUGUCACAUACAGUGUGAGAUUAUUUUCUGUAAUAAUAUCAAGGCACCUUUAGUUCUGUAACAAGAAAUUGUUGAUGAGGGAUCACAUUCAGGAACCUUUCUUGAUAAUGUCGUUUGUUAACUAACUGAUUCACAGACAUUUGAUAGGCUUUCAUGCAAAAUAGCCUCUCUCAGUUUUCUUUAGAAAAGAUAUUAAUGUAAAUGAAACAGUGAGAAGAACCUUCCUGAAGUUUAAAUGUGCAUUUUUUUAACAACAGAAGUGCAGCACACGUUGAUGAGCCUUUAUUCUGCAGCUAGGUUGAAAGAUGUUUUUUUACCAGGUGCAUGAUUGCUAGCAAGCUAUAGAAAACUCAAAGUUCAGACAAGUAAUUGGAUUGAUUAUGUGCAAUGCCAAGUAGCACUAGAGUGCACUUAACACUGAAAUUGCUGCUCCAUAGCAGCAGAUGGGAGGUGGAAAAAAGAAUGGCUUAUUAGUUGAUUACCAAUGUUAACAGUAAAUACUAAUGAGACGUUUUUCAUCCUUAACCCUCCCAACUCAAAACCAACAAUAAGAAGAACAGUUGCUAUUUUUGCUCCCUCUUUAAACACCUUGUAAUUUAAAACUGGUUGUAGGUAUAGUGCAAUUAUCAAUUCUAUAAUCAUUGUACAUACAUCUAUCUAUAUAUAUGGCAGCAUCCAUAUUGGCUUUGUAAUCAUUAAUUUUUGGCAAAUUGAAUGUGCUGUAUUGAUAUGUAUCUAUGUAAUUGUAUUGUAUGUCUUAUAGCUAAUUCACAUUUUAAAUAAUGUUAUUUUAUUUACUUUUUUAAGAGAGAGAAGAAUGUAAAUUUUGUCAGUUUAUUUCUGACUAGGGAUUUGUUGUUGUUUUUUAUUUACAAAACAAAAAAAAAUUACUAUAGUACACAGCGGUACUAGCAUUGUGCUGUACAAAACCAUUUGCACAUUCCUGAGUAGAAGUAAAUUGAAGAUGCCCAGACAGAGGCCAUUCAUGUUCAAAAUAUUGCUUAAAUCUUGUCAGGGCUUUACACAGGUGUAGAAACCAGACUUACUAGAAGAACUUCCACCAUUAUAUCAAAAAUUGGAACAUAGGCUAUUAAAUAUAAAUUCAAUUUAUAUUUGGCAGACUCAUGUUAGGUUGCUUUUACUUUUCUAACAGGCUUUUUUAGAAAAGUAAAUUUAGAGAUAUUUCAAACCAUUUUACCUAAGUAGUAGUGAGUAUCUGCUGUUGCCCUAAAAAUACUAUGAAAAAAUACAGAACAUUAGAUCAAUCAAACAGUCAUAGGGAAACUGCAGAAACCUUAGAUAGAACAACAACCGCAAAGAAAAUCACUAUUGUUUAAUGAUUUUUAAGGAGUUAAAACAUUUUAUUUAAUAAAGCUAAAGCUGUAGCUAAAGAUCUAGGUAUAAAAAGCAACACUGACAUUCUGAAUUGGGGAUCAGCAUGCAACUCUUACAUGCAACUUUUACAUGCAACAUAACAAAAUUGGUCCUGGUCUUGCUGUAAAAGCAACAGAGCUUCUGUUUUCACAAUUCCACUCUUGAAAAUAUUCCUUCCUUUAACCUGGGAAUACAUUGCCUAUGCUGCAUACAGUGCUACAAAUAGAAUUGUAUCCGAAAAAGAAAAAAACAAAUUGCCCAACAAACGAAAAACAUCACCAGGCAGUGGUGUCUUAACAAAGAUUUGGGUUCGUUUGGGUUUUUUUUCAUUUGGUUUGUAUUCUUAUAGGAUACUGGGUAUGGGAGAAAGAAAUGUGAUUAUGAGUUUUGUAUAAAAACAAAACAAAAGUUUACUCAUGCUUUAUAGUAAUAUUGUGAUUGAAAUUUUUCAAGAGUGUGUGCCACUGGGCUACUUCUGGUGUAUUGUAGGUAAGUUGAACCUGUGGCAAUGUUGAGCAUGUUCUGAAAAAAAACAAUAUUCGGCAUGCCAAGGCAAGCUUUACAUGAAUCACUUAACACAACUUGCAGUGUGACAGUUUACAAAAACAUUUCCUUUUUAAGUGACACAGCUGUUCCCACUUGCCGUAUAUUCCAUUGUGGUGGUGAUGUUGCUGUUGUUUUAAUUGGUGGUUUCUACUAUGCCUUAUAGUGCUUGAAUCCAGAAGUUUGUGCCUCUAAUGUGAAGCUGAAGGCAAAAACAUCAAGACAGAAACCCUUUCAACUUUGCCAAAUUUAUGUGAUUUUUCUGAACAUCAGAAAUGGGGGAGGAGGGGAGGAAAAUGUCUGGGGAACCUGUGUAUACUAGAUGUUCACUAGCACAAGAAAACUAUACUAUGUGUUUUACAGAGACCUUAAACUUGCCUUUUUCACAAAUUAACUGGCACUAUCCUGGUAUAUAUAGGAUGAUGCAGCUAUAAGGGCAGUUACUUUUUAUAAUUCAGACUCUUUUGAUUGUCAAGCUGGAUAGACUAAUUUUUAAUCAUACUGCCACAUGAUUGUGAAUCACUUUAAGUUUGAAAGUGAAGAGAUGAGACUUAUGAUGCUGAGUAACAGUCAGAAUUGACUGUAUCAUUUGCUAAAACUGUAAAUGGGGAGAAGAGGGCUGCAUAUAAAGAUAUUGCUAGACUCCCAGCCUUUGGUUGCAAGGUGCAGAAGACUCGGAUUACUCAGCCUCAUGACCCUUUCCUCAUUAUACAUUCUUCACAAAAGAAUGAAGUACCAGGAGGAAACAAAGAGAUCUUCACCCACGUGAAAAAAAAAAAAAAUUAGCCAAAUAAUUUCUGUGUGCUGCUGUUCUUGGAGCUCUGUGCAUGGUUAUCCUGCAGAAUAUUAUGGUAGUGAACUAAUGAAGAGUGCACAGCAGAUUAACAAGGCCUACAAAUCACCUACCUCUAGUUAAGAGACCAGUAAAGUAAAUACAUUUUGGAGAGACCAUCAUAACUUAGGAAACUGAAAUGUCCUGGUGUAGGUAAUUAAUUAUGGUAUUUUAGAAAUUCACUUCUGUAAAUAUGGCGUAUCUUUUUGACAUAAACCAUAAAUUCUAAAAUUUAGUACACAUUAAACAACUAAAUCCAUCUGUCCCUGUCCAGUUUGUUAGUUUAGCAGAGAUCUUGCAAAACCACAUGUUUAUUUUGAGAAGAGGAGCUACUGGUAUUUCCUCUUUUUUUGGCUUUUGGUUAUCCAUAACAUUUUGAGAUUUAUCAGUCAAACCAGAAACAUUUCUACAUAGUCAUCAAUACAUGGAGGGUCAGUAUUUAGCUACUAAAAGGGAUUUUACUGUUAAAUUUCACUGAAGCAGUAGCCAUGCUGCUGUGGAGAAAGGAAUGGAGAGGGAUUUUGAAGAUGUUGUGAAAAACACAAGUAAGAUCAGAUCGAUCUUACUGUAAAUCUGUUGGUUUGUUUUUUUCCUCUCAAAGUAUAGUCUAAGCUGAAGUCUGUUGCUGGAUUCCUCAUUUACCAUGCUGAAGGAAAUCCUUAUUUGACCAAUUUAGAUUUUUGUUUGUUUGUUUGUUGUUGGGUUUUUUUCGAUGGGAAGGGUGGGGGGUGUCAGACACAUUUUUAAACUUGGCAGUAUUUAAAAUAAAGAUCAUAUUUGAUGUUCUUAAAGUGUCAUUUAAAUGCAUGUAUUGUGUGUUGCUUGAGGGACAGGUACAGUUUUCUGGGGAAAAAAAACCCUAAUAUUGUACAGUAACUGCCCCUCAGAAAUGUUGCUGGUUAAAAAUACAGUAUUUUUGGCCAUACAUUUGUCCUGUAGUAUCUUCAUUCCUUGAAAUUUAGCUUUUCUGAAAUACUACUUAGGCUUAAUUGUUUUCCCAAAAUGCUUCUUAUUAUGAUAAAUGUUGGAUAGAUGUAUUAUUCCAUUGUUACUUUUUAAUGCUCUGCUGUCAUUGCCUAAAUAUUAAAAUUUCUAGAAUAUCUAUGUUGCAGCCAGAACAUUCAAAACAUUUAAGUUUUGUUACAGUAGAGACAGUCAUUUGACACCGUUAUUAGAAGGUUUCUUUGGCUUGUGUACAUUGGACGCUCAGAAACUUGGAGGAAAAGAUAGCCUAUAUCUCAGUAACAGAAAACCUUCAGAAUUUGCAGAUGGUGAGGUGAAUUUCUUAAAUAUUUUGGCUGUAGUACAGCAAGAGCAGAUUGUUUCUUUGAUCUGGUUGUUCACCUGUGAGAUUAUAGGAAUAAUAGAAAGAUGUCUACAUGUUGCUAUUCCUGAGUCUGGCUCAUAUCUGAACAACAGUUAGUGGACCUCCAGUCUUCAUCACUGAAGAAAUAAAACUUCACACUAGUUACAAACGUAUUUUUUCUCUAUUAUGGAAUUACAACAGUUUAAGAUUUCUGGAGUCCUGAGCAAGGAGUGAAUGGUUCCUGAUUUUUCUUUACUGUUGCAGAAUGUAAGGCAGAGGGACCAGUGGGGAUGGAUUUUUUUUAUCUUUAUGUCUCAGUGAAGAUAACAUCAACAAAAAUAGAGUGAAGUGGUGAUACUUAGAUACUUAUGUGAAAUAGAUGUAGAAAUUACCUGUGUGAUAAAUUCUGUGUAAUUGUGAUAAACCUAUACAUCACAUACAUAUGGUCAUAUCACCCAAUUGCAAACCACUUUGUAGAAUACUGUCCCAUAAACCUAGAAUUUCGAGAGUAUUCAUAGAUUGCCACAAAAUACAGUUGCCAGCUCCUCAGGAGCACAUCUGCUAUCAAUGUCUGGUAGCAAGGCAGCAGACCCUUACCAAAAGGAAAUACCUUCCAAGACCACUCAGUUCCUAUUUCUCAGCUACAUGGGGUUUUCCUUCUCCCCUGUGUCAGCCUUACCACUUGGCCAGCCAAUACAAUGGAUGAAAAACCACACUCAUUUUGUUCUUCUUGAUCGGCUGGUUUGCUAGUCUUAAGUUUCAGGGGUUUCAGCCAAUUUGGCUAAUCAAUGAUUUAGACAAGUGCUAAGCUGACUAAAUAGAAGACAGUGGAACUGUGUGGCCAAAAGUCAUAGAAGUAAAAAGGGAUUAACUCCCCUCCAUUUGAAACCUAGUCCAAACAGUGUAAUGUCCAAAAUGUUAAUCUUACGCACUUCAUGAGCUAUUAGCUAUUCUGGCUUGGAAGGAUUGCUCUUUUUUACUUCUAAUUAUUGAUUUCAUUCUUAUCCUUGAUCCUCUUUUCUGCUCCCCUUUAAAAAUAACAAGUUUGUAUAAAUGUGGACUAAGCCCAUCUGUAGUCAGACUGAAGCCAUCAAGUAACGCUUUGUGUUAGGGGUGGAAAAAUACAAGAGUUGGGCUUGCCGUCAUCAUACAGAAGAAAAGAAAAAGGAAAAUUAGUUCUUGUUCACUUCCCGUAUGAUCUUAAAAAACAACUGUGUUCCUUCUUAAGGUUAAUUUAAAAUGCCAUGUCACUGUGCAUGAUAUUCAAAGUUAACUGUAUCUUGUCCAAGACACUUCUUCCUUCUCCAUUCACACAUGUCUAUCACAUUAAUUGCUUCCUGCCAUCUGAAGAAAAUAUUUUUACAGUAUUGCUUUAUGUAUGUACACUCUGGAAGGCUUUCUGAUCCUUGUGAAUUAAAUGUAAAUCUUUCUGCUAAGACUGAACAAUUGAUGAAGUGUAAUACAGCUGAAAAAGACUGCACUUUUUCUUUAUUCUUAUUUAAUGUACCUUCUACCGUCUUAUUCUGAUCAUUUUUCUCUAUCUUUUCUUUAUCAUGUUUACCAUAAAGAGAAAGUUGCUUGACGUAUCAGGUUCAGUUCUGGUAAUCGUUACAAAAUUGAUUAUACUGGCCGAAUUGAAGACAAAUAGUGAAGGAGAAUAUCUUCAGAAACUUCCUGUAAUUGGAGGCAGAUCUAAUUAGCCUUGUGGACAGGCAUUUCAGAAAACAAAACUAUAAUACUAUAGGUUUUAAUACAGUUGACUGAAGGAUAUAGUAGGCUAACAUGGGGCAAAUUGGGCUGGAAUACCCAUUUCAAUGUCAUUUUGCAUUGUUAAUAGAGAAACGUGGUUGUCAAGAUGUUACUGAAAAUUUGCUCUAUCUGUAGUCCUGUAUGAGGUGGUAACACAAUGAUCAGACUGGCACUCAACUGAAGAAAUGUAUUAAUUUGACAAUAAGUUCAGAUGUGUUCUUGCAGAGAUAAGUUAUUGCAUAAGAUUACUUUAUAUGAUGCUAACAAAAAAAAAGAUUAAUUGCAUGCAGUAAAUAUUUAAGAUAUUGCACUUUUAUACAUUUAUUAUAAAGAGGACUCACUCUCCCUAGAAAUAAAAUUCCAUUUAUCUUAAGAUGAAGUAUCUGGAGUCUCUUAAUAACUGUUAGUUAACUGUGCACAUAAGUGUGAU